CUUUUGGGAGGAGCAUUGGAGAAAGGUCUUCUCUUUUAAUCUACCAUUAUGGGAGUCUCUUACUUCAAGAAAUUCUGGUUUCCAUAAUAUUCCCUAACCCCACAAGACAAGCACUAAUCCAUUGCAUAUCGGAGGUCCAUUUAAGAGUUUGUCUUUAGUCAAAGAAUUGCUGCAUGUACAAGGCAGGAUUCGAAUCCCAACACUUGUUUAAGUUAACUAGUGAGCUAACUACUAAAUCAACCUAACUAGGUUUACUUCAAGGAAUUUGAUCAUUAGCAUAUCUCAUGUUCUCUGAGAGGUAAAUCAGUGUGUUGACAUGCUUAUCUUGAUCAGCUUAAACUUAGAGUCGGAUGAUUUCUUUUGUGGAAGCUGCUCCAAGAAUGGAGGAUAUGGGAGUAACAUUCUCCCGUAACCUUUUUUUUUUUUUUUUAUUUAUAUUUUACCAAAAGAAAAAUCUAGUCUCUUGAUAAGAGCAUAAACUAAGGAGCAUUCGGGUUGCUGUCCAUGUUCAUCGGGCAAAAGAUCUUUUAAAGAAUGCUAUUAGUUCAGCAGUUGAAUACGAGCUAUCGGAAAAGACAAGAGAAUCUGGUUUCAGAAUUGAACCAGAUGAUAUAGCAACGCUUGUUUCUGCCCAUGAUCUAAAGAAUUUUAAAAAAAUUGGCGGAGCUGAAGGGAUUGCGAGGAAACUCUCAGUCUCCGUGAACGAUGGCGUUAGCCAAGAUAGUAUACAUAACAGGCAACAAAUUUAUGGACUUAACCACUACACGGAGAGACCUUCAAAAUCUUUCUUGAUGUUUGUUUGGGAGGCAUUGCAUGACUUAACACUAAUCAUUCUCAUAGUUUGUGCUCUAGUUUCUAUAGCUAUAGGGCUUCCCACUGAAGGAUGGCCAAAGGGUGUUUAUGAUGGUCUUGGUAUCAUACUUAGUGUGUUUUUGGUUGUUACUGUUACUGCUAUUAGUGACUACCAGCAAUCCUUGCAAUUCAGGGAUUUGGACAAAGAGAAGAAAAAGCUCUUUGUCCAGGUGACCAGGGAUGGGAAGAGACAGAAGGUUUCUAUCUACGAUUUGGUAGUCGGAGAUAUUGUCCAUUUGUCAACUGGUGAUCAAGUUCCAGCUGAUGGAGUUUUUGUAACUGGAUACUCAUUACUAAUUGAUGAAUCAAGUUUGUCAGGUGAGAGUGAACCAGUAAAUAUAGAUGAACAAAAACCUUUUCUUCUUGCGGGAACCAAAGUGCAGGAUGGUCAGGGAAAGAUGAUAGUUACAACAGUUGGCAUGAGGACUGAAUGGGGGAAGUUGAUGGAAACUUUAAGCGAGGGAGGUGAGGAGGAGACUCCAUUGCAAGUGAAAUUGCAUGGAGUUGCAACAAUUAUUGGUAAAAUCGGGUUGGCUUUUGCCGUGUUGACAUUUAUCGUGUUGACAAUAAGGUUUCUUGUUGAGAAAGCAGUCUCUGGUGACUUUGGUAGUUGGUCUAUGAAUGAUGCAAUGAAACUGCUGGACUACUUUGCUAUUGCAGUGACCAUAAUAGUUGUCGCAAUUCCGGAAGGAUUACCAUUAGCUGUGACACUUAGUCUUGCUUUUGCAAUGAAAAAAUUAAUGAAUGACAAGGCACUUGUGAGACAUCUUUCGGCAUGUGAGACUAUGGGUUCUGCAAGUUGCAUUUGCACAGAUAAGACAGGAACAUUGACCACUAACCAUAUGGUUGUGAACAAGAUUUGGGUAUGCGAAAAAGUGGCCGAGAUCAAAGGUAGUGAGAGUGCAGAGAAGCUGAAAACAGAGAUACCUGAGGAAGUAAUGAGCAUCCUUUUGCAGGCUAUAUUUCAAAAUACAUCUUCUGAAGUAGUUAAGGAUGAAACCGGAAAUAACACAAUAUUGGGAACACCAACAGAAUCAGCAUUGUUGGAAUUUGGUUUGCUCACAGGUGGUGAUUUUGAUGCACAGCGCAGUACCUAUAAGAUAAUUAAGGUUGAGCCUUUCAAUUCAGUUCGGAAGAAGAUGUCUGUGCUUGUGAGUCUUCCUAAUGGAGGGGUCAGAGCUCUCUGCAAAGGAGCAUCAGAAAUAAUACUAAGAAUGUGUGACAAAAUCAUUGAUUCUAAUGGAAAUGCUGCUGAUCUUCCUGAAGAACAGGCGAAUAAAGUUAACGAUGUCAUAAACGAUUUUGCCUCUGAAGCUCUGAGAACUCUUUGUUUGGCUGUUAAAGAUAUAGACGCAACAGAAGGGGAAAACAGUAUCCCUGAUCAUGGCUAUACUCUGAUAGCAAUUGUAGGAAUCAAGGAUCCUGUGCGGCCUGGGGUCAGGGAAGCUGUUCAAACUUGUUUAGCAGCUGGAAUAACCGUCCGUAUGGUGACCGGUGAUAACAUAAAUACAGCUAGAGCCAUAGCUAAAGAAUGUGGUAUACUCAUCGAGGGUGGUGUAGCUGUAGAAGGACCAGAGUUUCGAAACUUGUCGCCAGAGCAAAUGAGAGAUAUCAUACCAAAUAUUCAGGUAAUGGCACGUUCCCUACCGCUUGACAAGCACACCUUAGUAUCCAAUUUGAGGAAUAUGUUUGGUGAGGUUGUAGCUGUAACUGGUGAUGGAACCAAUGAUGCUCCUGCACUGCAUGAGGCAGACAUUGGACUUGCCAUGGGGAUCGCUGGAACUGAGGUUGCCAAAGAAAAUGCUGAUGUGAUUAUAAUGGAUGAUAACUUCACUACUAUCGUUAACGUGGCCAAAUGGGGACGUGCCAUAUACAUAAACAUACAAAAAUUUGUGCAGUUUCAGCUAACUGUAAAUAUUGUUGCUCUGGUUAUCAACUUUGUUUCUGCAUGCAUCACUGGAUCUGCACCACUCACAGCUGUUCAGUUGCUUUGGGUAAAUUUGAUUAUGGACACAUUGGGUGCAUUGGCUCUGGCUACUGAGCCUCCCAAUGAUGGACUAAUGGAAAGACCCCCGGUUGGAAGAAAAGCAAGUUUUAUCACCAAACCAAUGUGGAGGAACAUCUUUGGUCAGAGUUUGUAUCAAUUGAUUGUCCUUGCACUUCUCAAUUUUGAUGGGAAGAGGCUACUGGGACUUACUGGUUCAGAUGCAACUCAAGUGCUCAACACUUUGAUCUUCAACUCCUUUGUAUUUUGCCAGGUAUAUAUCAGAUAGGAAUUUCUUUGGUGAAAAGUAAAAUUAGGUGAGGAGUGAAGGAUUUUACUAGAUUUAUAAAGAACAUGUGCAAUAUAAUUUUUUUUUUGGUGGGUUUUUUCUUAAUAAAGAAUCAAUAUCCACCCAUAUCGGAUGCACUGUAAGAUACUAGAGGGGUUUUUUGUUAGAGGGAAGUAAAUGAUUGGAUUGGGGUAAAAAAGUGGUCAAAAGUUUUAUGGAUGAGUUUGAAUGAAAGUUUUGAUGGAGUUUUAAUGAAAACUUUUUUAAUCCCAACCAAAUAUACUUGUAUCACUGAAUAUUUAGAUUGCAAGGUAGAUGUGGUGAAGUCUUGAUCCAAAUUAUAGCUGAUAAGUUUUCAAAAAGAAAAUUGACUUUUGAAUACUCCAAGUUCUUUUAUACUCUAUCACCUUUGGGUUUUGUUGUUCCUAAUUCCAAUGCUUAAACU